AUGACCCCAUCCAACGACAGAGACUCCGGGCUCGGUUUUAUCAACCGCCACGACAAAUACUACAUCGAGGGCGCGGAUAUGCACGUCGUCGCACAAAAGACACUCUUCAGAGUGCACGGAUACUUCUUCGCCCGCGAGUCUACCGUGUUCAACAGGAGGCUCAACCCGGCGUCGCCUGGCGACGUCAAGGAGGGGCAGACGGACAACGACCCGAUCAUACUGGAGGACGUCUCUCCAGAGGAGUUUGCUAAAUUGUUAUGGGUGUUCUACAACCCUCGAUACUCCAUCUACGACGCCUCCAUCGACGACUGGACCUCCAUCCUCAACCUCGCCGACAAAUGGGGCUUCCGCGAAGUAAAAGAGCUCGCCGUGCGCGAGCUGCACAAAUCCCCCUCCCUCUCCCUCAUCCACAAAAUGGCGCUGUACCAAAAAUACAAAGUCGACCCGCGCCACCUCGUGCCCCUGUACGCGCAGCUCUGCGAGCGCCCUACCCCGCUGACGCGGGAGGAGUCGGAGAUCCUGGGCCUGGAGGCGACGUUGUUAGUGAUGACGACGCGGGAGGCGGUGAGGGCGAAGCCGGCGGACGCGAGUGGGGGUGUGAGCCCGCUACCGCAGGGGAUGGAGAUGGAUGAUAUUUUUAGGGCGAUUGAGGGGAGGUUGGAGUUGGAGGAGGGGUCGACGAGGAAGUUUCGGGAGGAGAACCCGGGGUCGGGGUCGCCUACUACUUCGUCGCCGACGAGUCCAAAGGUUAAUGGCUCUUCGAAUCGGUACGCUGGCCAAGGUGCUGGUCGAGGAACCGGCAAGAUGACUGGCAAGCACGGGAACAAAUGA